UAGGAGUCGCUCUGUCGAGUCAAAUAAUCAAGCGAAGAAGAAUAUGAUUGUUAUCAAAAUGCAACGACAGCGGUGACAUCUGAAACCCGUGGAAGUUGAGUGGUAGGACACAAGAAGUCCUACGAUUUAAUGUCCAAAGUAUGUAUUCAUCACACACGGCCUUCUCAAAAUCGGAUGAUAUAGGAAACUCGUUGGGAAGCUAAGCCGAUUGACCUGGGCUGACCGCAGAUAUUUGAUAUUUAGCUCGCUAGCUAGCUAGCUGCCGCUACAACCGUGCAUUUGGCAUUCGCCGCGAUCAUGAGUGAGGAUGACAAUUCAGCAUCGGCAAACAAAGACAAAGACUCGACCCUGUUGCUCACCAAAGACGGACAACGGUACUACGUGAGUAAGAGCGGAGUGGUCGACAGCAGAAAUGUGAUAACGCCGCACGAGCCGGACAACAACGUCUCCUCCUACGACAUGGACGACCCCGACGAGGAGAGCGACGUCCUGGACACGUCGGAUCCCCGAGACAGCGCCGCCAGCCCCGAGGAGCUCAACGACGAGGACACCUCGGAGGGCGACAACGCCCCCAAACAGUGCACCUACGAGGGCUGCACGGAGACCACCACGCAGGUGGCGAAGCAGCGGAAGCCCUGGAUGUGCAAAAAACACCGCAACAAGAUGUACAAAGACAAGUACAAGAAGAAGAAGAGCGACCAGGCCAUGUCCAGUGGGAAAAUUGACGAUAACUCUGAGGAGCGGCCCGUGUCUGUGAACAAACAGCGCCUGGGUGCCAUUGGGGACCGGCCGGCCAGGCCCUCGCUGAUAGAGCAGGUCCUCAACCAGAAAAGACUGUCACUGCUCAGAAGUCCCGAGGUGAUCAGCUUCCUGCAGCAGCAGCAGCAGCUCCUCGCCACUCAGAGCCGCAGCCAAUCACAGCAGCAGUUCCAGGGCUGUUGACGCCAGUCUGCCGGUGUUCUGCGCUGUAUUCGGGAUACACAGAAAGCACCGAAGAAACACUGGCACGUGCGUGCGUAGGUGGUUGGUAACCGUGUACUGUGAACAUGACUUCCUCCAGGCCAGACAGCCGCGCAGAAGAAAGAAUGAAGUUCUAUUCAAGAGACGCUUGGAAGGUGCUUAAGACUAUUGGUGCUAUUUCUUUUAACAAUUACUUUUUAUGUCUUUGUGUUAAUCCCCCAUCGCCAUGUAACAAGAAUAACGAGGGCUUUGGAUUGCAGGUUUAUCCAGAUGUCGAAGUCUCACUUUAACUGUAUAGUAAAAAAAAACUAAAAAAAACAUGAUAGUUUGUGUUUCUGAGUGCUGCCUAUGUGAUGCUUUUCUUCUUCGUAGUUCUUCUUCACUUUGUAGCCUGAUGUUUCUCGAAUGUGAAUGUGUUAAUAACAUGUGACAAUCAACUGUGUCAAUGUAUGUUUGGAGUCCUGUUGAUGACACGUGGGGCUUUCAUGAGGACUUGCUUUUAUUCACAGUAACUGCAUACAAAAAGAAACUAAUCAGUUUGUUGGUAUUAACAUGGAUCAUGCUAGCUAU